GAGAGAGAGACAGACAGACAGACAAGGUUGUCAUCAUAGCUGGGAAUUAUGAGCGGAGCUAAAGCCCGCAUCGACCCGCCUGUUGCUGCUGAGAAUGUCUCGAGCACCGGGCACAGUUCCGCGGCUGUUGCACGGGAGCGCAAGCCAAGUGGAGGGGUUCUGAAGAGACUCAAGUCUCGGCGAAGCCAGGUUGAUAGUAGGCCCGUCACAGAAGAUGAUCUUCGGACACAAGUUGGCCACAUCACCCCUGAAGAGGUCCUAGGAUUGCGGGUUGCUACACGGGGUAGGCUAUAUAUUUUCUGAACGAUGCAUUUACACACAGUGGCAUUUACAUACAGUGUGACGUUGAGUAGAAUUGGCACGCGAAUGUCUGUCUAUUUACCUGCAUAGUCGCUAUGAUAGAUGGAUAGAUCAGAAGAUAGAUAAUUGUAUUGCCCUCUAGAUCUUGUAAAACAGCCACUGACUACCCAUAAUCUGUCUGUCCAUCCCAGGGUACCUGUGUAAACCAGAGGACAACAUCUUCAACAUAGAUUUCAUCCACUUUAAAAUCAGAGACCUGGAGACAGGGACUGUGUUGUUUGAAAUCGCCAAACCACCUCAUACAGGUACAGUCCAUAUUCCCUCUCAGUUUGUGUGUGUGUCUGACCAAUAUGAUCCUGUGUUUGUGUGUGUUGUAUCUACUGGAAUUCAUCACCGUGCCAUUGGUGUAAAAAUAAAUGGUGUGUGUUGUGUCUUUGACCUCAGAGGAAGAUGAGGAGAAUGGAGAGGGAGACAUGAGUGCCGGACGUUUCGUACGCUACCAGUUCACAGCUGCAUUCCUACGACUGAGGACAGUGGGAGCCACGUGUGUUAAUUCUCUCUUUCUCUCUCUCUCUCUCUCUCUCUCGCUCACACACACACACACACACACACACACACACACACACACACACACACACACACACACACACACACACACACACACACACACAGAACAGAACAGACAGCAUGUUUUUCUAUCCACACGUUUACUCACAUACAGUACCUACUGCAUGUUUACCCCCCCUCUGUCGGUCUGUCUGUCUGCCUGUCUCUCUCUCUCUGUCUGUGUGUCAGAGUGGAGUUUACAGUUGGCACCCGGCCUCUGAACAGCUUCAGGAUGAUUGAGAGGCACUACUUCAGGGAUCACCUCCUGAAGAGCUUUGACUUUGACUUCGGCUUCUGUAUCCCAAACAGCCGCAACACCUGCGAACACAUCUACGAGUUCCCUCAGCUGUCCGAGAGCUUGGGUGAGUUUUACAUCCCACCCAGUAGUCAAUGACCCCGGUUGAAGCACUUUGUUACUGAUGUUUUUGUGAAAAGUGCUACAUAAAUAAAAUGUAGGAGUAAAUAAGUAAAAUGUGUACAUUACAUUUAUGUGGAAAUGCAAUCAUUUACUGAAGGAAAUGCACAUCACCUUUUGAAGACAUUUUCCAGACUUUGUAUUUAGCAGUAGUAUAUGGAUUGGAAUAACGUGAAAUACAGAAUAAUAAAUGUUCCCUUCCAGUUCGUCAGAUGGUGGAGCAUCCCUACGAGACGAGAUCGGACAGCUACUACUUCGUUGACAACAGACUGGUCAUGCACAACAAGGCAGACUACGCUUAUAACGGGGGCAGGCAUUGA